AUGUCGUUCCAAUCUCAUCGUCUGCGUCAGUCGCGCACCGCCGACCUCGCACCUCCUACCAGCUUCACGCAUAACAACAUAUCUACCAGCAUCUCCAACAUCAAUCGCUUCCCUUCAACCACCUCGUCAUCCGCAUCUUCGGGCUACUCCUCCACAUCCGACCGCAGCAACGUCACGCAAUACACAUCGGCAUCGAGCGACCACGGCUCUCCCGCUGGCCGCAAGCACAAGCGUGGCCAAAGCGAUGUCCUCGCUCGGGCACGAACCUUUGAAGCAGGGGCAAUGAACGGCUUCAAUACGGGACCAGCAAAUCCCCCAGCGACCCCAACUCGUCAGUCUGUUCGGCCUCUGCCCCAGGCGCCGACGACGUCCCCCAGAUCUCCAGCUCAGGGUGCUUCACCUCGAAGUUCUCUUCGACAUGAUCGUGGACAGAGCAUCGAUAUUGGCAAGCUAUCCCUCAGCCAAUACGACGGCCCGGCAGCACCGCCCACAUCACCACCACGACCGUUGCCCAUGAGGCCUAACUCGAUGCUGUUGACCCGAUCCGACUCAAUUCUUCAAGCCAAAACGCCCAUGCCGCAUGGUAGCUCGCCUCAGGGAUCUCACACCACACACAUCGGCCGCCCGGACCUCGAGCUGCUUGGACGAUCUACCACCCGUGAAUUGCGUACCUUAUCUCGACUGGCUGAGUCUGAUGUUGCAGAAGACUUCACCAUCACGUCGUCUGCACAAGAGGUGGUUGGUUUACGUGGACGACGCCGACUACAGCGUACCGAUAAGCACACUGGUUCUCGCAGCGCCAAAUCCGGCGGCUAUGGAUGGGAGGGCCGGAACUGGAUGGAUAAGCAGCGUCAGUUCCUCCAGGCUUAUGAGUAUCUUUGUCACAUAGGAGAAGCCAAAGAAUGGAUAGAAGAUGUCACGCAAAAGACUCUCCCACCUAUUGUUGAACUGGAGGAGGCUUUGCGGGACGGGGUCACUCUAGCCAACGUCGUCGAAGCGCUGAAUCCUCAGAGACACUUUCGAGUAUUCCACCAUCCGAAACUUCAAUUCCGCCACUCGGAUAAUAUUGCCAUCUUUUUCAGAUAUCUCGACGAAGUUGAACUUCCCGAUCUUUUCCGAUUCGAACUCAUUGAUCUUUACGAGAAGAAGAACAUACCAAAGGUCAUAUACUGUGUCCAUGCAUUAAGUUGGCUACUUUUCCGCAAGGGCAUAGUCGACUUCCGAAUCGGCAACCUUGUUGGUCAACUUGAGUUUGAACACCACGAAUUGGAGGCGAUGCAAAAAGGUCUAGAUAUGCUGGGAGCUAACAUGCCCAGUUUUGGUAAUAUGGGCGCCGAUUUUGGCGUACCAGAGCCCGAGCCUGUUGAAACGGAAGAAGAGCGCAUCGAUCGCGAGCUAGGGGAGAACGAAGAAUCAAUAGUCGAUCUGCAGGCUCAAAUACGUGGGGCCCUGCUUCGGUUGCGACUUGGCAAUAAGAUGCAGCAGUUCUGGGACGAGGAGCAUUGGCUGAUUGACCUACAAUCCCGUAUUCGUGGCGAUUUCACCCGCCAAAUCAUGAGCUAUCGGCUCCAGAUGCGACGUUCUGCCACCUUGACACAAAGUGCGGCGCGAGGAUUUUUGGUCAGGGAGAGAUUGAGGAAGAGUGAUGCUUUUUGGAAAGCUCAUGAGCCGGAGAUUCUAGAGCUUCAGAGCAUGAUACGAGCCAACCAGGUCCGUGACGAGGUACGAGACUUAUUGUAUUCCUUGGACGGUUGCAAGGGGCCUGUCCGGGAGAUUCAGGCAGUUUCCAGGGGUUUCCUGGUCCGUAAGAAUCUGGCUGCUCAACAGCAGGAGACGAAAAAGACUUCGGGCCACGUUGAGAGACUUCAGGCUCUUGCUCGUGGAAUGGGGUUGAGAGCCAGAAUCAGCAAGGAUCUUCAGUUAUUGGGAGGACAGGCUGGCACGGUUGCCAGCUUACAAGCUGCUGCGAGGGCUCUGCUGACCAGGACUCAGAUCGACCGUGAGCAGCAGCAGCUGCGUGCCCUCGGUCCAAAAUGGGAGGCACUCCAAGGUGCGAUUCGAGGAAAGCUUGUGCGGGAAAAGCAGGAAGCAUAUAAGGUCGAAGCCCAGAAACACGAGCUCAAUAUCGGUAAACUACAGGCAGUGAUAAGGGCAGGCGCUGUGCGACGUGAAGUUGCGAGAAAACUAGACGCUCUAGAGGAAAGCAAAGAGGAAAUUCUUUCUCUUCAAUCGGGCGCUAGAGGAAUGAUGGAAAGACUCAAGGUCGCUGCCUUGCAACAGGAACUCAAUCGACAUGAGGCUCGGAUCACAGGACUGCAGGCACAAGUCCGAGGCUACAUUGGCCGGAAUCAACACCAUGCGCUCCUGGAUGAACUCAAGUCCCAUAAUGAAGCUACAGCAGAAUUCCAGGCCAUUCUGAAGGCAAUGAUGACUCGCGCAGGAGUCGACGAUCUUCUCACGGAACUUGAGGAAGAGGAGGAAUCCAUCGUGGCUUUGCAAGCUGCCACAAGGGGAUUUAUGGUGCGAGCGAAGUUCGAGGAAAAGAAGCGUUAUUUCAACGAAAAUAUGAAGAAAGUCAUCAAGAUCCAGAGCUUUGUUCGCGCCAAAGUGCAAGGCGAAGCAUACAAAAGUUUGACCACUGGAAAAAACCCCCCGGUCAAUGCGGUAAAGAACUUCGUUCACCUUCUCAAUGACAGUGACUUUGAUUUCAAUGAAGAAGUUGAAUUUGAGCGAAUGCGAAAAACCGUUGUCCAGCAAGUGCGCCAGAACGAGAUGUUGGAGCAAUACAUCGACCAGCUCGAUAUCAAAAUUGCACUUCUCGUCAAGAACAAGAUCACCCUCGAUGAGGUUGUGCGACAUCAACACAACUAUGGCGGAAAUUCGAUGGGACUUUUAGCCAACAGCACGAUUACUUCAGCCAAUCAGUUUGACUUGAAGGCGCUCAAUAAAAGCUCACGCAAGAAGCUGGAGUCAUAUCAACAGCUCUUCUUUAGCUUGCAGACGCAACCACAGUAUCUUGCUCGACUGUUCAAGCACCUUCGCGAACAGGGCACAUCGGAAAAGGAGUACAAGAGAAUCGAGCUUCUCGUCAUGAGUCUGUUCGGUUAUGCGCAGAAGCGGCGCGAGGAGUACUAUCUUUUGAAGUUGGUGGCCCGGGCUAUUCGCGAGGAAGUGGAAGGAUGCCGAGCUAUUCAAGAGUACAUACGAGGCAACUAUUUCUGGCCAAAGUUAUUGGGUAACUAUACUCGAUCACCUAGGGAUCGCAAGUACCUGCGCAGUUUAUUGGGACCACUGAUCCGCGAUAAUAUCGUCGAAGAUCCCGCCCUUGACUUGGAAAGUGACCCUAUGCAAAUCUACCGGUCUGCCAUCAAUAACGAAGAGCUGCGGACCGGUCGCCCUGACCUCCGACCGCUUGACGUACCACGCGAGGUGGCUAUUAGGGAUCCUGAGACAAGGCGCCUAUUCAUCGACCAUCUACGGGAUUUGCGGGAGAUUUGCGAUCAGUUCUUCCUGUCCCUGGAAGAAAUGGCCCAUAAGAUGCCAUACGGUCUACGGUUCUUGAGCAGCCAGAUGUUUCAAGCCUUGUGUCAACACUUCAACCGCGAGCCGCAAGAAAACUUGCUUCAGCUCGUGGCAAACUGGAUCUGGAAGUUCUACCUUCAGCCUGCCUUGACCCAACCAGAACAAUUGGGUGUUAUCGAAAAGUCACUGAGCCCGCUCCAAAAAAGAAACUUGAGUGAGGUAGCCAAGGUUAUCGGGCAGGUUGCGUCUGGGCGACCAUUUGGCGGCGAAAACAUUUAUUUGCAACCGCUGAACAACUUUGUGACAGACUCUAUCCAACGCAUGCGACAAAUCCUACAGAACUUGAUCUCCGUGGCAGAUGCCGAAAGCACCUUCGGCGUCGAUGAGUUCAACGACCUCUAUGCCAAGAAUAAGCCGACUCUGUACAUAAAGAUGACUGACGUUUUUGCAAUUCAUAAUUUAGUGGCAUCGGAGCUUCCUUUCAUGUGCCCAACUAGGGAUGAUGUUCUCCGAGAGAUCAUUCAGGACUUGGGCAAUGCAAAGAGCAAUGAAAACGAAAUGAAUGCGGCUGGAUCAUCCGAUAUCCAAAUGUUCCUAACCCCCAAACUCCACAAUGUCCAAGAUCCAGAGGAAGAUGUCAAGUCACUCUUUAUGGAGACGAAACGCUGCGUCCUGUAUAUCAUCCGGGUCCAAACUGGCGCCAAUCUCCUAGAAAUAUUGGUAAAACCCAUCUAUGAGGAAGACGAAGAGAAGUGGCAAACAGUGCUGCACGAUGACUUUUCAAACGACGGCAAUACUCGCGGGGCUUACUCGGACACCAAUAUGGUGGACGUAACAAGGAUGACUUACUACGAACUUAAGCGUACAGCGCUAGAGAAUAUCAUGAGGCUAGAACAGAUGGGACGUAUCUCGAAGCAAAAUUACUACCAGGACGUUCUCAACGCCAUUGCCAGCGAUAUUCGAACGAAGAGCCGCAGAAGGGUCCAAAGACAACGAGAACUAGAAGGUGUGCGGCUCACUUUGACCAACCUAGCUGAAAAGGCCAAAUACCUUGAGCAACAAAGGAAGAGCUAUGAUGAUUAUAUUGAGCAGGCAAUGGUGACAUUGCAGAACAAGAAGGGGAAGAAGAAGUUUCUCCUGCCAUUUACGAAGCAAUACAACCACCAACGUGAGCUUGAGCGAAGUGGUCGGGUACCCAAAUUUGGAAGCUACAAGUACAGCGCCAGAACGCUCUCCGAGAAGGGCGUUUUGGUGUCCUGGGCAGGCCUCAGUGACCGCGAAUGGGACAAGAUCAACAUUACCAUUUCCUGUGACGAGGUUGGUGUGUUUGCCAUUGAAGGAUCACGAGGCCACAUUCAGAUGCCGGGUGCGAGCGCCUUGGUGCCUAUUGAGGACAUGUUGCAAGCGCAAUUUGAAUCUCAUCAGUUCAUGAACUUGUUUGAGGGCAACUUGAAGUUGAACGUCAACUUGUUGCUGCAUCUUGUGUACAAGAAGUUUUACGGAACGUAA